GAAGUACUCGCAGCGGAGGUUUCUAAGCCUGUUCGUGAACAGCGCUUCCUUUCUGUCCGACAUCUUAGGUAGGCUGCAGUCGUCACAGGUGCUCUCGGAGCUUCGCGAUGCCGCCCAAGGACGACAAGAAGAAGAAAGAUGCAGGAAAGUCGGCUAAGAAAGACAAAGAUCCAGUGAACAAAUCUGGGGGCAAGGCCAAAAAGAAGAAGUGGUCCAAAGGCAAAGUUCGGGAUAAGCUCAAUAACCUAGUCUUGUUUGACAAAGCUACGUAUGACAAACUCUGUAAGGAAGUUCCCAACUAUAAACUUAUAACCCCAGCUGUGGUCUCUGAGAGACUGAAGAUUCGUGGUUCCCUGGCCAGGGCAGCCCUUCAGGAGCUCCUUAGUAAAGGACUUAUCAAACUGGUUUCAAAGCACAGAGCUCAAGUAAUUUACACCAGGAAUACCAAGGGUGGAGAUGCCCCAGCUGCUGGUGAAGAUGCGUGAACAGGUCCAACCAACUGUACGUUUGGAAAAAUAAAACUUUAUUAAGUCAAAUGAA